AUGUCUAGCGAUUUCGCUAUCUAUAUUCGAGACAAGCUUUUCGACAGCAAAACAUCUGUCGACCAUAAAAUCUUACAUAGUGUAAACAAGAAAGGUGAAUUUGUUCUAAAGUUCUGUUUCUGGGAAUAUGACAAGAACCAUAAAACAUUAAGCAGAGCAGUCUUAAAAUUUGUCAAUGACAGACUUGUUGACAGAGAUGACGCCGAUUGGAAAGAUGAAGUCCAACAAAAGUUCUUAGAAUGCAAAGAAGACACAUGCGCUGUUCUUGAAGAUGAAAUAGAAAACAGAAUAGAAGAGCUAUUAAAGGACAAAGAACUUUUACAGAAAUAUG